AUGGAUUUACUGCUGGGAAACAAAAGAGGGCCAAUGAGAGAAUGCAACUUAGCUGCUGAGGUGGCUACAUUUAUAGUUCAAAAAAUUAUGCUGCAUGAUAUGGGGCUGAAUUAUAUUUUUACAAAACCAGAGCUGUUUGUUAACGUGACUGGUGUUUUGGGAACCGUGGUUCAGUAUCUUGCCAAGCAGCCCUCUCCUCGUCUGCUGAAAUAUAUCAUUCGUUGUUAUCUUAGACUGUCAGAUAAUCCAAGCAUUUGUGAUGCAUUAAGAACUUGCCUUCCGGAAAUGUUUAGGGAUUCAACCUUCAAUAGUUGCCUUCAUGAUGAUCCAACCACCAAACGGUGUUUGCAACUAUUGAUUCAUAAUGUUCCAGCAGCUGACAACAAUUGA